UUUGUUUAUUUCAGGUACAGUAUCUUCUUAAUACAGUAUAUUAUUUUUGUGUGUGUGCCAGAGCUGCGUUUUUUGUUCCGUUUAUGACAUGAGGCCAGGGUUCACACCGAGAGGUGGGUUUGGGGACCGAGGCGGCGGCGGUCGCGGGGGAUUCGGCAGAGGCGGCGGACGAGGUGGUUUUGGCCGCGGUGGCGGCGGUGACCGUGGUGGCUUCCGAGGGCGAGGUGGCGGCGGUGGAAGAGGUAGAGGGACUCCACGAGGUCGGGGCGGAAGAGGAGGUGGUUUUGGAGCUGGGAGAAAUGUGGUGGUGGAACCACAUCGGCAUCCCGGAGUAUUCAUCGCCAAGGGCAAGGAACAGGCAUUGCUCACUCGCAACAUUGUGCCCGGGGAUUCCGUGUACGGCGAAAAGCGCAUUUCAGUUGAUGGGGACGUGGAGGGAGAGAAGGUCGAGUACCGCGUGUGGAAUCCGUUUCGAUCGAAACUCGGAGCUGCCAUUUUAGGCGGCGUGGACGCCAUUAACAUGCCACCCGGUAGCAAAGUGCUUUAUCUCGGUGCAGCCUCUGGAACGACGGUGUCGCAUGUGUCGGACAUUGUUGGACCGGCGAAUUGCAUUGACUCGACAGCUGAGCCGGAAGCGGUUUUCGCCGGGGAAGUGAAGAAGUUGCAGUCGGAGAAACUACGUCCGUUGGAGCAGUUGACAUUGGAGCCUUAUGAGCGUGAUCACGCCGUUGUUGUUGGUGUUUACCGUGUUGCGAAAAAGAAUAAGAGCACGGGUUAACGCUGAAACGGGCUUUACGAAUUCCAGGAUGGCAGAAAUUCGGUUUUUGAGGUAUCCUCGAUUUUUUGUCUGUUAUUUGAUACCUUGAAUGAUGCUUAGGAGUCUCCGAAAAGAAAGGGACUUCUUCGAACUUCUGCGUGGAAUUUGCUGACGGAAUGAAGCAAACCGUUGUUGACCUGAAAA